AUGCAGCUCACCGUUCUCCUCGGCUUCCUGGUAUACCUUGGCCAGGCAACCCCAACCCCCGAGGUUCCCGCCGAAGAGACCAAAACUCUCGAACAGCGGUCGACUGGUGUCUGGCUCGAUGUCUACCACGAAGGCAAUUGCAACAGUGGCUGGGAAGAUCAACCCAACUCCGGCUGGGUGUGGUCAGGUCAAUGCAAAAACUUCGAAUCCUUCACUUACGGAGCCAGGCUCGGACAGGUUGAUCUAAAUAAAGGUCAAGUUGAAUGGCAAGAAUCCUGCACGCUGAAGUUCUGGGAAAACGCGGAUUGCCACGGCAAAGCCACUGUGCAUCAUGUUAAGGAUACUGGAACAUGGAAACAGGGUAAUGGUCCAUUUUUCUAUAUGGCGUAUAACUGCUUUGCCACUGCCAACACGGCUGACGGGUCGUUCCAUCUUCAAAAUGGAGCGGCGAGUGUCUUGAUGACUUGCAAGAUCACAUGUAUCGAGGGGGAUUAA